CUUGAACUCGGUCAUCAUGCCUGCAUAUCAUUCCCAGUUUAAUGACGGCGACUUCCAGUCGAUUGGCAAUUUCUUCAUUCUUCCUAUCAAAACUAAAGUCAGAGGAAAUGCUCCUAUGGCGGACCCAAGUACUGAAGACAUUAUAGACGAGGCUUUAAACUUAUUCCGAGCAAACUGCUUAUUCCGCAACUUUGAAAUCAAGGGAAACGCUGAUCGAGUGCUCAUCUAUCUCAUCUUGUUUAUAUCCGAGUGCUUGGGCAAGCUUGCCAAGUCACCAUCGCAGGGAGACGCGGUCAAACAAUUGAGCACCUUGGCCGUUACCAACUUUGCUAUUCCCGGUGAUGCAACCUUUCCAUUGAAUGCCAUGUACUCGCAUCCCCCAGAUAGAGGCCAAGCAGAUCAACUUCGUAUCUACAUACAACAACUCCGUCAAGAGAUGGCUGUCCGACUAGUUGACCGUGUCUAUGUCGAUGGCAAACCAUCCAAAUGGUGGAUGUGUUUCCAGAAGAGAAAGUUCAUGGGUCUCUCUUUGUAAUUAGGCCUUGUAGUGUAAUACUUGAAAAGAGAAAUGCAUAAAGUCAGAUUGUAAUUAUGAAUGUUUGCUUUUACAUUUUGGUUUUAAAUCGAG